CCGGUCGUUCGUUCCAACUUCCAAGUAGUCAGAAGGAAGAAGAAAUCAUGGCAGCCAAACCCUCUAACAGAGUUAUCCUUGAACAGCUGAUAAAUGGGGUGGCGGAGUUUGAACUCGUCUCUUCUCCGGUCCCUUCGAUUUCUGCCAACGUUUCUCGGAAUUCGAUACAAUCUAUUUUUACUACUGAAAAUGCACAUCGAUUCUUUGCUCGAAUUGGGCCAACAAUGCAAGUUUCACCAGCAUUGAGCAAAGUGGAGAGUUUUAGGGUGCACAAGGUUACUGGUGAUGGACGCUGUAUGUUUCGUGCUCUGGUUAAAGGAAUGGCUAUUAACAAGAGUGUUACCCUUAGCCCCCGGGAAGAAAGAGAAAAUGCAGAUGAAUUACGGAUGGCGAUAAAAGAGGUGUUAUGUGACAAUAACAAAGAACGACAUCAGUACGAAGAAGCACUAAUCGCGAUUACUGUUGAAGAGUCCUUAAAACGUUACUGUCAACGCAUUGGACGGCCAGAUUUCUGGGGAGGAGAAUCGGAACUACUGGUACUGUCCAAGUUAUGUCGCCAACCAAUCAUUGUCUACCUACCCGAGCAUGAGCAUACGAAGGGUGGCAAUGGAUCUGGUUUCAUACCGAUUGCAGAGUAUGGAGCCGACUUUGGCAAGGGUUCAAGAAAAGGAAAAGCCAAGAAAGCUGUGAGGCUUUUGUACAGUGGAAGAAAUCAUUAUGAUCUCCUUGUAUAACACACCAGUCUUUGAGUAGAGGACAUAUUUGCGUACAUCUCCUAUCGAGUGGGGAUAUACCAGGUUUGUAAACACUAGUCCAGAAGUUUCUAUUUUUGGCAAGCUAGAUUAGAGCUUACUGUGGCUAUAUGCUUUCUCAUUAAGUGGAGUAAAAUGUUUCUAUCAAAAACCAUUUUAGGCUCAUUGUUUUCUAUGGUGUUGAAUGAAGAACAUGAAGUUGUUGAUU